GGUAUAGCCGACGGUGUCGCUGGUCUUCUUACAGCUGCGGCCGGUGUUGCAGGUGCAGCAAAUUCGGAUGCCACCGACCCCCGGUUUACCAACUUCGCGGGACUGAAUACCAAGCUGGCAGACAUGAAACUAGCGAUUCAGUCUGCUAUGGAGGCGUAUUUCCAACGACUCUUCGUGAAUUCUCCUCCGAAUCAUGAUAAUUCAAGGGGUACCGAACUAGCCAACUUGCUAUCAUCGGGAUAUUGGGCAAACCAGGAUCUGGCAUCGCUCAGUGCCCCAACGUAUGGUCAUUAUGCGGUGGUCUAAGGACAAGCUCAAUGAUAUGAGAGGCAAGCACUAUGAUCCCUUCUUCGGUAAGCCGAUAGAUGAUCAACUGGAUGACUGGGUUGCUUGCGCAAACGACCGGAACUAUCUCUUCCUUCGAUGGCCAACAAAAGACACCUCGAUGGCCGCCGACAUGGGCCAGACGCAGGAGACUCUGAAAAGCUUUGAUCUCAUUCACCAAAUUGUCAUCGACGCCUCGGAAGCUAUGCAAGGUCGGACCCUUAAAUGGAUGGCUAGGAGCUUCAGCGAUCUCACGGAUUUCCUCAAAGAUCUUGCAACACGCCCACCGAAAAGUUCCGACCAGCUCAUUCAGAUGAACAUGCCCGUGUGCAAUCUCGAUAUCUUUGAUACUAUUGAGAUCGACUACAACGACUGUGUAAUUAUUAUUGGAUGUAUCCAAGGCGUUCUGAGAAAGAAUUGCCCGAAACUGAUUCUCAAUGGGGCUGCUUUUCCCUAUGUCGACUACAACUAGUUCUAAUCCAUUUGAGCAAUAGUGUUCAAGAGUUGGAAUGCAGAUUCUGACUGCUCUCUUUUCUUGAGUUUCUUUGACUUAUUUUCUUUGUUUACUCGGACAAAACAAUUGUUCCCUCGUUUGAGAAUUGAUUUGCC